AUUAAUUCUGCCCAGAAUGAAACCCCUGCCCUUGCUGCUUCUUCUUUGCCUCGCCAUUGAUGUCUGCACUGGAGCAUCAAAUGCGGAAAGAUGUAACGCGCCCACGCAUUUGCCUGGUCCACAGUGCAUGGCUUAUAUUGAGAGAUUCACUUUCAACAAAGCGAGAGGCCAGUGCGAGAAAUUUGUAUACGGAGGAUGCAAUCCAUCUCCUAACAACUUCGAAACACUCGAGGAAUGCACUGCUGCUUGUAUGCGUUAGACCAUGUAAUCGUUCAGUUAGUCGAUCAAAUCGCAUCAAGCUUAUGUUUUUCGCCAGUUUCUCUCAAAUACCUUCUGCAAAAUGUAGAUUCACUUGUCAGAAAUAAAACCGUGAAGAAAAAUGA